UUUAAAAAGAAAGCCAUAAGUCCCACUUGCAGUUCGCCACAAAACAGACACUGCACAUCACUCUGCUCAGACCAUCCAAAUCCAGUAUUUUGUCAUAUUUUACAUUAGAACGCAAUUUACCAGAAAAAUAAGCUACAUUCUCAUCUAUUCAGGAAGCCAACAGAGUGAGCAUUAAUUGUUUUAUAUCAGUAAUAAAAAAAGUAUAAAUAAACACGAUGUGUUGGGAAACAGAGUUUGGUGGCUGACUCAUGUCCGUCAGGUUAAAGUGAACAUGACACAAGUUGGAAAAGACAUGGAUUCUUUCGGCGAAACAACACGAAACUGUGCAAAAACAACCUCACAAGACCAGGUUCAAUUUGUAUUUAUUAAUUUCUUUUUCUAGGAGCUGUUGAUUAAAAAUUAAGUAACAACAUUGACAUGAAUACGUUUCGUCGUUUUACCGACAAUCGAUCAGAAAAGCUGUGAAGACGGUCGGAUCCGCCUCUCUGGCUGCAGUGCGCGCUCCCGACACAGGGGGGAACAGAAUAUUUCAGGGGAACAGAAUUUCGUACAACAGAAAGAAAUCUGAGCAAAAUUGUCAGUCUUUAGACAUGCAACUGUGAAGACGGUGGUACAAUGUAUUGACUUAGUGAGCUGAAUACAAAUGCAAGUCUCACCUUUCAUGUUUUUAUGUGUGAGAAAAUUGAUUUUUUUUGUGUCUUUUUAUAGAUGGGGAGUUAUAGGUUAAAAGCAAAAUGUUCAAUAUGGUAAAUUGUCAUAGUAAAUAAUGAUGGCUGCGUUAAACGUCCGACACGUGAACGUAAUAAGCUUGUAAAACAAAGUUUUAAUAUUAUUUUGUAGGGACUCUCUUUUUCCGGUGUCAUGGGCUUUUAUUUUGACAGAAUGCGAUGCGAGCGUGUUUCUAAUUAGCAAAUUAGCAAAUUACCGCCUCGGUUUUCUGCUUGCUUGACUCCAAGAACAGUAACACAAAAAUAACAACAAAUCUGCAAGGAAACGAAGAGCAACAACAGAGAGAUGUUUUGCUGUUUAAAAAGGCUCCGUCUGUCUCUGAAGAUCUGCAUGGGAAUGUGCUUCCAGAAGGAUAUAUCAAAGGAGAGUAAGAAAGCCAAAAUAAAGAGCUGUGUAAUCGAACAGGACCUUUGUGAACAUGCCAGGGCUGAAAGGGAUGUAAUCAAAAUCCUCAUGCUUGGAGUUGCAGAGAGUGGAAAGAGCACAAUAAUCAGACAGAUCAAGAUAAUUCACAGCUUUGGCUUCUCCAAACAGGAACUCCUCAGUUUCAAGCCUGCAGUGUUGGAUAACCUUCUGACCUCUAUGAAGAUUGUUCUGCAAGGAAUGGGCAAGCUGCGGAUAAACCUUGCAAACAAGAAGAACAAGAUCCAGGCUCGCUCCAUUCUGUCCUGCAGCCAGUGUUUGGGACACGACCAGGAGCUGCUUCCUUUUGUGGCGCAAGCCUUCUAUGCCCUUUGGGCCGACCAAGGAGUGAGGGCUGCUGCAGCCAGAGGAUGCGAGUACGAGCUGAACGACUCUGCCCUCUACUUCUUUGAAAACAUAAGUCGAAUCAUCUCACCAAACUACGUUCCCACUGAAACAGAUGUCCUGAGAGUCAGAGUGAGGACCUGUGGAAUCAUUGAGACACAGUUUCAAGUUGAUGAAACAAUCUUUAGAUUGUAUGAUGUUGGUGGCCAGCGGAGUGAAAGGAGAAAGUGGCUGAGCUGCUUUGAUUCUAUUCACGCCUUGCUGUUUGUUGUGGCCCUCAGCAGCUAUGAUCAGACGUUGCUGGAGGAUCCAUCAAUGAAUCGACUUCAGGAAAGUCUUGAACUUUUUACAUCAAUCUGCACUAACACAGUCUUCCAGAAAAUCUCUCUGAGUACAACACAUCUGCUAACCUACCAAAACCAAAUUCACCUAAACUGAGCCAAGAUAUUCUUGCCAACUCUGGAGGAGCUGCAGAUAUCCCCAUCUCAGGUGGGGGUUGACAGGACAUUGAUUAGCCAUGCACUCCACAAAUCUGGCCUUUUUAUGUAAUAGUGGCAUAAAGGAAAAUCCUGAACCCCUGUUUGCAAAGUUGUGUGUGGCAGAGAAUGAACACUGCACAACACCCUGAACAUACACAUUGUGGACAAUUGUGUUGGCAGCAUCAUGCUGUGGGGAUGCUUUCAAGAGGGACAUGGAGGCUGACCAGAGUUGAUGGAAAGAUGGAUGGAGCUAAAUACAGAGUAAUACUGGAAGAAAGCCCAUUAGAGGCUGCACAAGACUUGGGACAGGGGUGGAGGUCAUCAUCGAGCAGAACAUGCAGCCCUUAACAUACAGCUUGGCCUACAAUGGAUUGGCUUAAAUCAAGCCUGGUAAACUCCAGUUCCUAAAAAUCAGCUUUAUUAUCCAAUUGAGAAUCUGUGGCAAAUCUUGAAAAUUGCUUAUGAGACACACAAUCCAUCCACUCUGACUGAGCUUGAGAUGUUUUACAAAGAAUGGACAAAAAUGUCAGUCUGUAGAUUCGCAAGGCUGGUAGAGACAUAAGCCAAAAGACCUGCAGCUAAGGAGAAACGAAGAAUUGCAAUAAAAAGUGGUUCUACAAAGUCUGCAACUAUGCAAAGGGGUUGCAAAAUAAAGCACACAGCAUUUUUCAGAUUUUAAUUUGUAAAAAAAUUUGAAAAUGAUUAGAUUUUCAUUUAUUUUGCAACAGUUUGCUACUUUGUGUCAGACAAAAUCCCAAGAAGAUAGAUGGAAAACUGUGAUUUAAGGGGUAUAUAAACCUCUGGAAAGCGCUGUAUGUAACCUCCUUCUAUUCUCUAUUCUCACACUGUUCUAAAUAUGACAGCAAGACAGGUGCAUUGAUUGGCCUUUUAAGUAAUCUUGCCAGCUAUGCAAACAGAGCCCAACAAAGCUUUGAUUGCAUCUGAUGUGCAUAAUUGGCAUACAAAUUCUAGUUUGCUGCAGCCAUGUUUAACAGCUGCUGUGGUUGUUUUCUACUGUCAUACUGAGAAUGAGUUGCUUUGGUUAUUUGGACAGAAAUCCUUUGUUAGUUUUUGAGAAUUGUUUUCUUAAGG